GGAUUGGAACACCUGAAUCACAUGAUAUGGAGGGGAUUGGAACACCUGAAUCACAUGAUAUGGAGGGGAUUGGAACACCUGAAUCACAUGAUAUGGAGGGGAUUGGAACACCUGAAUCACAUGAUAUGGAUGGGAUUGGAACACCUGAAUCACAUGAUAUGGAGGGGAUUGGAACACCUGAAUCACAUGAUAUGGAUGGGAUUGGAACACCUGAAUCACAUGAUAUGGAGGGGAUUGGAACACCUGAAUCACAUGAUAUGGAGGGGAUUGGAACACCUGAAUCACAUGAUAUGGAGGGGAUUGGAACACCUGAAUCACAUGAUAUGGAGGGGAUUGGAACACCUGAAUCACAUGAUAUGGAGG